AUGGCAAGCUCACAGGCCCGCAACGCCUUGGAAAAAGAGCGAUCGGCGGCCCUGGCGCAGAUGGACCUCGUUAGGAUCCUGCGAGCCUAUGUGCAGCAGAUGGUGGACGAGGUGCAGGGCUACAAGGCGCUGUUGCUUGACAAAGAAAGCAUGCGAGUCGUGAGCACGCUCUACGGGCGUGCUGAACUGGCCGAUCACAGCGUGGUCCAUGUCGAGCGGCUCGACGCCGCAGCGGGCAGCGAAGGCAAGGAGCACAUGGAGCUCAAGGCGGUGGUGUUUGUAAGGCCAACACGUGAAAACAUCACCAUGCUCAAGCGCGAGCUGCGGCAGCCGCGCUUCCAGUCGUAUCACCUGUUCUUCAGCCAUCUGGUGCCCCAGAUGUAUUUGCAGGACCUAGCGGAGGCAGACGCGUCAAAGGAGCUCAUUCAGUCUGUGCAGGAAUUCUACGGGGACUUCAUGGCCCUUGACAAGCACCACUUUGUGGUGCCAGUGUCGGGCGCAGACCUGCUCAUCAACCCGCGCGCCAUCGUGCAGAGCGGCACACCCUCAGAGUAUGAGGUCGUGGACAGGCUGGUGCAGGCAGCUUGCAUCCACAAUUGGAAGUGGUCUGACGUUAUUGCACUGCUGCUGCAGGUUGCGGUGUUUGACUUUGGAUCUCACCGUGCCAGCCCCAUCGUGCUGCUUGUGGACCGCCGCGAUGAUCCUGUCACACCCCUGCUGACACAGUGGACCUACCAGGCCAUGAUCCACGAGCUUCUCGGCAUCAAGGACGGCACAGUGGUCCUGGACAGCCCCAAGGUGCCGGACCAGUACCGGGAGGUGGUGCUGGACGCUGCCAGCGACGACUUCUACAGCCGCCACCGCUACAGCAAUUACGGGGAGGUGGGGCUGGCGGUCAAGGAAGCAGUCGAGAAGUUCAGUGACACUAGCGCGCAGCACAGACAGGUCAAUUCGCUAGAAGACAUGCGGCGAUUCGUCAUGGAACACAGCGAUUUCAGCCGCGCACAAGGCGUGGUGGGCAAGCACGUCAACAUCAUGAGCGCACUCAGCGAGCAGAUUGGGGCGCGCCACCUCAUGGACGUCUCAACGAUUGAGCAGGAGCUUGCCAACCCCGCCGCCAGCCUUAGCGCCUCCGCCACGUAUGAUACACUGGCAGACCUGCUGCGGAAGCAGGGACCAGGCGCCCUAGCUGACAAGGACGCGGUGCGAUUGGUGAUGCUGUAUACGUUGCGGUUUGAGAGUGAAGGUGGCAGGGCAAGGGGGUUGCUGGACCUGCUGGAGGCAUCGCGCUUGAGGGACCGCAACCCUGGCCUCGCGGCGGCUGCGGAGGGGUUCGUCAAGUUCGGCGGCAUAGACAGACGUGCCGGUGACCUGUAUGGCGGCGGCAACAUCCUGCUCAAGGCCCGCAACCUGGUCAAGGGCCUGCAGGGCGUGGACAACGUGUACACACAGCACAGCCCUCUGCUUGGAAGCACACUGGCGGCGCUGCGCGACGGCAGUCUGAACACGCAGCUCUACCCCUUCAUGGGCAGCACGGACGAGCAGAUGGCGUGGGCGGCUGCGUACAAGACGCGGCCACCUAGCGAGGCAAUCGUGUUUGUAGUAGGGGGAUCUACAUACGAAGAGGCAAAGGUGGUGGCUGAGUGGAACGCCAAGCAGAGCGGCAGCGGCAUCAGUGGGGCCCAGGGACCAGCAGGCCUUGGGGGUACACCUCCCGCCCCCAUGCGCGCACUGCUGGGUGGCAGCUCAGUGCUCAACUCGGACACGUUCCUGGCUGCUCUGGGUGCUGGAGGCGGCAGCAGCACAGACCUGCGGUGA